CUCUCCCUAGGUGCACGACAGAAUGAUCCUGGUGAAGGAGGAGCUGCACCUCGUUAUUGACGUGCUGGAGAACUUUGAGGAUCCCAGACUGUCCGAGCUGCUUGUGAGGCCAUUAUUAAUCCUGAGGCACAUCAGAGAGGACUUGAAGAUCUGCACCAGCCAUCAGCCUGACGCCCAUCAACGCUCCGGGAGGCUGACUAGCUGGCUCCACAAAUUCCACGCAGCCAAGAAGAUGGAAACUCCGGGGUGCCUGGAAGCAUCUGUGGUCUUCAAUCUCUUCCGACUGCUGAACCAAGACUUGAAGUGUGCAGCCUACAUGGAGUCCUGCACCUAAACGCCAGAUCUUUACACUGUCUCACCUCAUGCAUCUAAUCAGACACUGGAGAGCCCAGCGAAUGGGAACCCUGAAUCCUUCCUACAGGACACUGUAUUUUAACCAGGCGUGAUGCUCUUUCCUCCUUGGCAUUUUACCAUGGAUACCCAUCACCCAUGAUCUCUGAACAAAAGAUUCACAUACAACUGAUCUUCAGGAACAGACCUCUCCAACUCCAGUUGCCAGUAGCUGAUUGGUUGUAGGCCAAUUCCUUAACUGCAGCUAAAGUGUAGGGCCUGUUCCUCCUGAAAUCAAUGGGAGAUUGGCCACUGAUUGCAGCGGGAUUAAAAUUUAGCCCUAGAGGAUAUUAUUAUUUAUUGUAUUGGUUUAUUGCUACACACAAAUAUUUACCGAUGGUAUGUUAAGUGUAGCCGUUACUUAUUUUAAUUUAAAGAACUAGUUUUUUCACAGUAUUUCAUUAGUGUCUUAGAAAGAUGCUGGAAAAUGCAAUAAUUUUGAUGCAUGGAAGGUGUUGCGGUAUUAGACAGAUUCCGAGAAUCUAUUUUUGUUUCACUGGCUGACAUAAUGUUAAGGCAACUGAUUCGAUCCUUAUUUAA